AAAAAGAAAACCCAGUACAAAAGAGUUCCACAAACACAAAAAGACCAGAGAAGUAGAACUUUCAUGGCGUUUUCCGUUAUAUUUUAUUCGUAUCAUUCUUAAGAUUCUUGGUUAUCCAUCAAAACUACAAUAUCUUUAGGAAAACAGCUGUUUCUUUUUUUUCUUUUAUGUGAUUUUUUGUUCUGAAGUUUCAUGCCCUUUUUCUUUCCCUUCUUCUUCUCUUGUAUGUGGGGUCCUCCACAUCUUUUCUGCCCCGUAAAUGACAGCCUAAUCAACAGCCUGGAAAGGUUGGCUCUAUAGAAAAGAAAAAACCUUAGCUUGAUGAGAUUUAUGUAAUAAUAUUAUUAAUAAUAAUAAUCUCAACUGGGUUUUUGUUAUUAUUACUAGUUUUACUCCUUUUCAAUUCAGACCCAGUCCAGUUUCCACUAUUUCUAGCUGCUUGAGGUAACGAAUCUGAGCUUUUUACUUGAAGAACAGUAAUUAGAGUCUGUUUUGUAUCUUGGCAAAGUUUAUUUGCUUAUGUUUUUGUAAUUUUAUCCAGUUUUGAGAUUCUUGUACUUGUAUUUGGAUCUGGGGUUGCUUACUUUUGGGAAUGUGAUGUAAUGCAAUUUUGGGUUUUUGAGAUUUUUGUUGAGUGAUUUUUGGGUUGGGAAUUUAGGCAUUGUUUUGGCACAUUAGAUUUUCCUUCGUUGAGGAUCUGGGUUGUUAGAUAUGGUGAAAAUGAAACUUAUUCAAUUGAUAAAUUUGGUUCUAGCUUUUGUUCUUUUGAUGGGUCAGGAGAGAUCUUUUGCUUCAUUCACUCCUGUUGACAACUACUUAAUUGCUUGUGGCUCAUCAAGAAAUGUCACCUUCCAAGGUAGAACUUUUGUUCCUGAUUCAGGCCAUUCCUCUCUUAUUCUAAAGAGUGGGAAUUCCCAAGUUGCUACCUCAAAUUCCACUGCCCCUUCUCCAAUUUACCAAUCUGCCCGAAUUUUCACCGGCAUCAGUUCAUUCGAAUUCGAUAUUGAGCGAGAGGGCCGGCAUUGGAUCCGCCUUUAUUUCUUUCCCAUUCGGAGUUCUGGCCAAAACUUGGCCUCAGCCUCAAUGAGUGUUGUCACUGAUGAUUUUGUGCUCUUGAACAACUUCACCUUCAAGAACUACAGUGGCUCUUACAUGUUCAAGGAGUAUGCCAUCAAUGUCACCAAGGAUGUCUUGACACUCACCUUCAUUCCAUCGAACAAUUCGGUCGCGUUUAUCAACGCGAUCGAGGUUGUCUCCAUCCCAGAUUGGGUACUCCCUGACCAGGCAAUGGCGGUAAAUCCAUCUUCCCCUUUUAGUGGCCUUUCUGAUCUAGCGCUUGAGACUGUUUACAGGCUAAAUAUGGGAGGUCCUUUGAUAACUUCUCAGAAUGACACCCUAGGAAGAACUUGGGAGAAUGAUGAGAAAUAUCUUCAUGUGAAUAGUUCUGCAGUGAAAGUAUCAGUCAGUCCUUCUAGCAUAAAGUAUCUGACUGCUGUCACACCGGAGACGGCGCCGAAUUGGGUUUAUGCCACCGCGGAAACCAUGGGAGAUCCUAAUGUGGCGAAUGGAAACUUCAACAUAACUUGGGUCUUCCAAGUGGAUCCAGAUUUCAUGUAUUUUGUCAGGGUACAUUUCUGUGACAUCCUGAGCAAGUCUCUCAACAGUCUAGUCUUCAAUCUCUACAUAAACGACGAUUCCGCGCUUGGGAGCUUUGAUAUGUCGUCGAUUACUGGCGACUUGGAUGUGCCUCUUUACAAAGACUUUGUUUCCAACUCCUCAGAGGGAUCAGAUACCUUGACUGUCAGUGUUGGCCCGGAUACAAUGGCUGAUUUGACGAAUGCGACUAUGAACGGGUUGGAGAUUAUGAAGAUCAGCAAUGAAAUCGGAAGUUUGGAUGGUCUUUUGUCUGUCAAAAGUCUAAAUCCGAGUUCGUCUUCGAAGCACAGCAAGAUCGGAGUCAUAGUAGGCUGCAGUGUAGGAGCUGUGGCUGCAUUGGCACUAAUCGGUUUCUGCUAUUGUUGCGUGGCUUGUCGCAAGUCGAAGACCGUAAACCAAGGCCAUCCAUGGCUUCCUCUGCCCUUGUAUGGCAACUCUCAGACAAUGACAAAGAUGUCCACAACCUCGCAAAAGAGCGCGACCGCAAGCUGCAUUUCGUCGUCGAACCUGGGCCGUCUCUUUGUGUUCCAAGAAAUCCUAGACGCGACCAACAAGUUCGACGAGAGCCUACUUCUCGGGGUUGGUGGUUUCGGCAGGGUUUACAAGGGAACACUUGAGGAUGGGACUAAAGUAGCCGUUAAAAGAGGGAACCCGAGAUCUGAGCAGGGUCUUGCCGAGUUCAGAACUGAGAUCGAAAUGCUAUCUAAGCUCCGCCACCGCCAUCUCGUCUCUCUUAUCGGGUAUUGUGAUGAAAGGUCGGAGAUGAUCCUCGUCUAUGAGUACAUGGCCAAUGGACCUCUUAGGAGCCACUUGUAUGGAACCGAUCUACCGCCGCUGUCAUGGAAGCAGCGGCUUGAAAUUUGCAUCGGCGCUGCAAGGGGGCUGCAUUAUCUUCACACUGGUGCAGCGCAGAGCAUAAUUCACCGCGACGUGAAGACGACAAACAUUUUGUUGGAUGAGAAUUUCGUUGCGAAAGUUGCCGAUUUCGGGUUGUCGAAAACAGGCCCCUCUCUGGACCAGACUCAUGUAAGCACAGCUGUUAAAGGAAGUUUUGGUUACCUUGAUCCCGAAUACUUCAGAAGGCAGCAACUUACGGAGAAAUCCGAUGUCUACUCUUUUGGGGUCGUUUUAAUGGAAGUUCUGUGCACAAGACCCGCCUUAAACCCGGUUCUUCCGAGGGAGCAAGUCAACAUAGCGGAAUGGGCAAUGACAUGGCAAAAGAAGGGAAUGCUGGAUCAAAUCAUGGACCAGAAUUUGGUCGGGAAGGUGAACCCAGCUUCUCUGAAAAAGUUCGGUGAGACGGCGGAGAAGUGCCUUGCUGAACACGGUGUUGACAGGCCGUCCAUGGGCGACGUCUUGUGGAACCUCGAGUAUGCUCUUCAGCUUGAGGAGACCUCGUCCGCGCUUAUGGAACCCGAAGACAACAGCACGAACCACAUCCCGGGCAUCCCAUUGACCCCAAUCGAGCCAUUCGACAACAGUGUGAGCAUGAUCGAUAGGAACUCUGUCACGGACGACGACGCAGAAGAUGCAGCCACAAGUGCCGUGUUUUCGCAGCUAGUAAACCCCCGCGGAAGAUGAGAACAUCGGAUCUUUUCCAAUUCAACGAUCACUCGACCAGUCAAUCUCCGCAGAGAAAAGGUGUUGGUUGUGCUGGCCUAAAGAGUGCUUGAAAAUAUAUUGCAAAGAAACGAAUAAUGGUGACUUCGUUUUCUACAUCAAAAUUCUGUUUUAGUUCCUCUCCAUUUUCUUCCAUGAUUAAUUUGUAAUAUAGUUAUGGCGGUGGGUGCCAAUUAGUCCAACCGAAAUUGCUUGUACGCUUAUGAAAGAUUCUAUCGCUGUUUUGAUACAAUUUUUGUCA